AUGGCUCAAAAUGCAUUCAUGCAUCCGCGUAACAUAUACCGAACCCCUCCAGACUUCAAAGCUCUGGUAGAUGACUUUCCGGACAUCAGGAAACACGUAACCACGGAUGUGUCGGGCAAGGUUAAAUAUGACUUCAAGGAUCCGGACGCCCUGCGCGUGCUGACGCAAACGCUGCUGCUGAAGGACUUCCAGCUGGACGUGGAGAUUCCGGCAGACAAGCUGGUGCCUACGCUGCCCAAUCGGCUCAAUUACAUCCUCUGGCUGGAGGAUAUCGUGCGCGCCCUGAAGCUGCCCAAGGACGAGACCGUUGUCGGCCUGGACCUGGGCACGGGCCCGUGUGCGGUGUACGCGCUGCUGGGAGCCCGGCGCGGCUGGAGGAUGGUGGCCACGGAGCGUGACGCCGACUCGCUGGCCGUGGCGCGCCGCAACGUCCAGAAGAACAGUCUGCAGCAGCUCGUGCAGGGUGAGAAUUGA